UCACUUGGCAUGUUGCAGUACAGGUUUAUGCUCAGCCUAACCAGUAGUAUCGAGCUCAGUUUCAGGCUUCAAUGUGGCUCCUAUGUUUCUGGAAGUCUGCAGAAGUACGUGACGUUUUCAUCAUUUAAGGAUUUGACAGAUGGGGCAGUCUGAAGCCCGAUCGUGUAGUCGUGUUGGGCAGGCAUUUUCGUUGAUGGCAGGCUUGCCAGCCCUGUGGAUCGUAGUGCUGUCCCUGCUGCAGACGGGCCAAUGUUUUGUCCAUUACCAACAAGCACCAGGAGGUCCAGUGUUUUUGGCUGGCCAGUCAGCAGCAUCCUUCAUGUCUCGUGCCUUGCUCUAUAACCAGUGGGACUUUGAGAUGGUGGUGCAAGGCAACUUGGAGAGGGAGUGCCAAGAAGAGCUGUGCAGCUAUGAGGAGGCCAGAGAGAUUUUUGAGAAUGAUAUGGAUACGAACAUCUUUUGGAAUAACUAUGUAAAAAAUCAAGAAAAUAUAACAAAGGUGGACGUUUCUGGGCUUGUGGCGGGAAUCAUGGCCAUCGUAGUCACUGCUGUUAUUGUCACAGUCCUUGGAGUCUACUGCUGCAAAAACAAGAAGAAACCUGAGUCGAGGUUGGGACGUGCUCCAGUAAGAAUGGCAGAAGAUGGGCGCCCAGUUCCGGAGUCGGUGCCCCUGUCUGCAGUGGUGAUCCCACCUCCACCUUUGCCCAGCUACAACGAGGCUUUGAACAGCAGUGGGCAGCAUGAUGCCCCACCACCACCUUAUUCAGGGGGGGCACCAUCGGAGCCUGCUGAACCAGGAGACAACUAAUGAGAGAGGUGGCCCUGGCAGGAGCGUCUUCUUUCUCUAUCUGAUCGCGAUCUGAGUGAACUUUGUUAUCCCUUCUGUUUUCUGUUGCUUGUUUUGUCAUGAUGAUUGUGUAUUUAUGUUGAAACACAGGUCCCAGGAUGUGCCCUUCAGCUUAAAGAAAGUGCACACUGGAGUUCAUGUGAUGAUUUUUGAGGAGGGUGGGGUUAACGUUUGGCGGUUCUGCUGUUCACCCCAAGAAAAUGUGUGCCAAAAAUAAAAAUAAAAAAAGCCUCUCCCCGCCCAGUAAACAGUGAGAUAUUUUAUAAAAUAAAUGUAUGACAAAAGAAAA